AUGAUUCGAUGUGCCUUACUCACACUGGCAUCAGUCAUGCUCCGGGUUGCCAAGCCCGAAUACUUCAGACUUGGUGGGAAACUUGGUCUUUCUAGCAGUCAGCUUGUAACCCUCCAUUGGUACCUCAAGUGGGCGCUGCCAAUAUGGGCCAUACUAGAUUUCAACUCGGUACUAAAUCGUUUCGCCGAAAGGCGAUGGAUUUGGAAAACCGAUAAGAGUAUUUGGGAUUGGAAGCAUGAAGUUGCUGUAGUAACAGGGGGUUCCGCGGGCAUCGGGGGCUGCGUGGUCAAGAAGCUCACCUCUCACGGCAUCAGGGUCGCGGUUCUGGACGUUAGCCCUCUGUCAGAGAUCUUUACCAAAGAUGAACUCGCCCUCGUACGAUACUACAAAUGUGACAUCACAUCGCGAGACAAUAUCCACCAAGCGGCGGAAGCCAUACGUUCCGACUUGGGCUCACCAUCCAUACUUAUCAACAACGCAGGCAUUGGUAACGCGUGGACUGUUCUCGAUAUUCCCCAACAGAAUCUAAACAAAAUGUUCGACAUUAAUCUUCUAAGCCACUGGAGUACUGUCCAAGAAUUUCUGCCAGACAUGCUUGCUAAGAAGAAAGGCCACAUAAUGGGCGUCGCAAGUCUUGCUUCCUUCGUUGCUUUGGCAGGUGCCGUCGACUACAGCUGUACGAAAGCGGCACUCUUGGCUUUUCACGAAGGAUUGACGCAGGAGAUCAAGCAUCGCUACAAGUGCCCAUCGAUCCAGACCUCCAUUGUCCAUCCAAACUGGACCAAGUCUGCUAUAACAUCACAUGAGGCCAUUGCGGCGGGGCUGAAGAACGUUCGUGCAAACAUCCUGGAGCCAGAGGAUGUCGCCGAGGCCAUGGUGAACCAGAUAGUCGCAGUCAAGAGUGGGCAGUUGAUCCUUGGUCCGGCAUUAUCUCCUAAGAUUCGGGCACUGCCUCUUUGGAUACAAGAGCUCAUUCGAGAUAGUCAAGCCAAGGUCGUCACCGGAGACGGCUCGACAGCGAGUGGCUAG